UGGAAGGAUGUUGCCAUCGUCUCAAUGUUCUCACUCCCUGAUAAAGACCUCCUUGAUUUAUCUUGCCAUACUGUCAGCUCAUGUCAACUUGAAGAGGAUGACAUUCGCAUCAUUGAUCUCAAGUCUAUUCUUAGUGUGGUCGGUAUGAUCCCACAUAAACCAACUCUUCCGUCUGGUGUUACUGAGGAUCAUUAUUUCAUGGUAGAAAAGCCAGGCCUUGAUAUUGCAACGUUU